AUGACAUCCUCCAUGUCCACAAUCCUCAUCUUCGGGGGCACCGGUGGGAUCGGGGAGUCCUUCGCUCGAGCCUUCCACAACAUGGGCAAGAACGUCAUCAUCACAGGACGGCGAGAGUCCCGCCUCGCACAACUGGCCAAGGAGCUUCCAGGACUCGAAACCUACCCGAUGGACAACAGUGACCUGGCCGCUCUCCCGGGCCACGUCAAGACCCUCCUGUCCAAGUAUCCAGCCAUCGACACCGUCUGGGUCAACUCGGGCAUCCAAUACCAGGGCAACCUGUUAUCGCUCGACAACUUCUCGGACGAAAAGAUCAUCAAGGAAACACACACCAACAUGACCGCGCCCAUCAUCCUAGCCCGUCAUUUCAUGCCGCAUCUACUGUCCUUGGGACGAGAGGCCACCUUCAUGAUCACCUCGUCUGGUCUGGCAUUCGUCCCCGCGGGCGUGUUCCCCGUCUACUGUGCCACCAAAGCCGCCAUCCACAGUUUCCUGGUCGGACUCAGAGAGAGCCUCAAGGACACCAACGUCAACGUCAUUGAGAUUGCGCCCCCUUACGUGCGGACAGACCUCGACGCCGCGAACCGAAUGGACAAGAUCGUCACGCCGAUGGAGCUGGAUGAGUACACGUCGAAAACGAUGGAAAUCUUGGAGAAGCCGGCAAGGGAGAUCAAGGAGGCCGCUGUGGGCUUUGCGGAGAUGGUUUCCACGAAAUGGAGAGAGGCGUAUGGUCCGGUGCUGAACAUGAGGCAUUCGACGGGCUGA